UGGCAAAUGACGUUCCCGCUUUGAGAAAAAAUUGAGGUUAUCUUAUGGUAACUUUCAAAUUGUAGAACAGCUUGAUUGUAAUGAACGGCUUCAAAACCUUAUUCAUGUAAACAAUUGAUAAAAACACUUCAAAAAACUUGAUCAAUGCCUUGUAAUCAAUUAACACUAUGGAGGCGUAUUUGAAGAGAAAGAAUGAUACUUUGAGCUCAGGAAGUCUCUCUAAGAAGCCGAAAAAGGAGAUCUGUCCACACGCUGAAAGAUGCUACCGUAAAAACCCUCAUCAUUUCAAAGAAUUUGAACAUCCUCAUUUGAAUGACUUUAUUAAAAUGGGUGAUAAUCUUAAAAUUCCCAGUAACAUGCCACAACCAGAGAGCUUGUAUAAGGAGCAGCUUGAAAUCUUGAACCCUAUACUAAAAGCUGAUUCAAGAGUUGUUCCUGCUGAAAACACUAAUUCAAACACCAAAUCACCCACUAAGGACAGGAACUCAACACAGAAAACUCCAAGUGCUUCUAAACCUGGCAACUCUAAAGAGGUUGCUGGCUCAUCAAAAGGCAGAAUUUCUAGUAUGGGAAAAACAACAUCUUUCCAAAGCUCUAUUGAUACCGGUGAUGAGAAAGCUCCACCUGGGUCUAUGUUGGAAAAGCUAGAAACAGUAGCACCAUAUAAUUUAUUUUUUACUACAAUUAAUAAAGCACCUGCAACUUUAACCCAACCAAAUGCAAUUACAUUCACAGAUUUAUUAUGUCCUAGUUUGGGCACGUUGAAAUGUUCUUUACAAAUUAACUUUAUGAUAGAUAUUGAUUGGCUAUUAAAACAAUAUAAAGCAAGAGGAUUGAGUUCAAAACCACUUACAAUUUUAUAUGGUGAUGAUUGGCCUGAUUUGGAUAAAUUCAUUGACAAAUUUUGUCCACAUGUUACAUAUAAAUUGAUGAAAAUGAAAGAUCCAUUUGGAAUACAUCAUUCGAAAAUUGGUAUUUAUAUCUAUGAGGAUGAAUCUCUCAGAGUAGUUGUAUCUACAGCUAACCUUUAUUUCGAGGAUUGGAACUAUUACAAUCAAGGCCUGUGGUUAAGUCCUGCAUGUCCCAAGUUGUCUGAUUCUCACAGUGAUAAGGAUGGAGAAUCUCCAACAGGAUUCAAGAAAGACUUUUUAAAUUACCUGAGAUCAUACAAUGAACCUAUUUUAAAACCUUUUAUAGAUUAUGUUAGAAGAGCCGACUUCAGUGCUGUAAGAGUGUGUUUUGUAGCCUCGAUACCAGGCAAACACACAAAAAAUGAACAUGCUACCCAUCUGCAUACAGUUGGAGAUCUACUCAGCAGGCACUGUGUUUUACCAAAGAAGACAACUCCCCAAAGUGAAGGUCCUCUAUCAUGGGGAGUCAUUGCUCAGUCAUCAAGUAUUGGGAACUUAGGAAAAGAUGCUGCUCAGUGGUUUAGGGGGUCUGUGUUAAGGGCUUUAUCAAGUCAUACAAGCUGCCCUAUGCCCAUGUCCUCAAAUGCGUCGAUAAGCAUGGUUUACCCAAGUGUAGAUAAUGUAAUGACAGGUUACUAUGGCCCUGAAAGUGGUGGCUGCCUACCUUAUUCCAAAGCUACAAAUGAAAAGCAAAGAUGGCUUCAGGAUUACUUGUAUCAGUGGAAAGCCGAGGCAUACGGACGGACCAAGGCAAUGCCUCACAUCAAAUCUUACUGCCGAGUUUCACCGUGCCUCACCAAACUGGCAUUUUUCCUCCUGACAAGCGCAAAUCUAUCAAAAGCGGCUUGGGGAGGACCUUUCAACAAAGACGGAUCUGUUUACGUGAGGUCCUACGAAGCUGGUGUUUUAUUCCUGCCAAAGUUCUUUGAUCAAGAAUAUUUUGAGAUCAAGAACACCACAGCUAAUAAAAAUGGCACGCUGUUUCCUUUUAUGUAUGAUCUCCCUUUAACGCCGUAUAGGAAGGACGAUUAUCCUUGGUGUAAUUAGGGCUGGUUUGCAAGGGAUAUUUAUUUAUUUUUAUUUCACUAGGAUAAGGGUAUUGAGGAAAUAUAUACACUACUUUAUAAUUGAUUCUAUUUCUACUUACCUCGCUAAUAGAGAUAAAAAAUUGAAUUCGCGAUGCCCCUUUUUUGGCUGCAGGAAGCAUAAGUAUGACAGACAACAAACAUUGGUUAAAUCUACACCCUGCGCGUCACUCCGUCUAAGAAAAAAUUGGAAUUUGUAGUAAUGGGAACAAACAGAUCAUCACAAGGCGUAGAUUUUCCUAUUUUUCCGAUUUUUACAAA